AUGCCAGUUCGUACAUUGAGAAUUGGGCUUAUUCCUGGGGAUGGCAUUGGUAAAGAAGUCAUCCCUGCUGGACAGCGUAUUCUCGAGGCACUGCCGACGUAUCUUAAUUUGAAGUUCGAAUUUGUCCAUCUGAAAGCUGGGUUCGAAACAUUUCAACAGACAGGCACAGCCCUCCCCGAUGCCACAAUAGACACCCUUCGCAAUGAUUGUGAUGGUGCUCUCUUCGGCGCUGUCAGUUCCCCAACUCACACAGUUCAGGGCUACUCUUCGCCCAUAGUCGCCCUCCGCAAGCGUCUCGACCUAUACGCCAAUGUCCGUCCAGUCAAAACGGUCUCGACUGCUCCUAGACCCAUCGACAUGGUAAUCGUGCGUGAGAAUACCGAGGACCUAUAUGUGAAGCAGGAGAGGACAUAUGACGGCCCUGAUGGCAAGGUUGCUGAGGCAAUUAAGCGGAUUACGAGCAAGGCCUCGUUUCGCAUUGCUACUAUGGCGGGAGAUAUUGCCAUCCGCCGCCAAAAACUCCGUGAUGCAGAUAUUCAACGCUUUCACAAGAAUCCUCUCGUUACAAUUACACACAAGUCAAAUGUUUUGUCACAAACCGAUGGUCUGUUUCGGGAAGCUUCCAAGAGGGCGCUCGCCAACCCGAAGUACGCUUCUGUCAAAGUUGAGGAGCAGAUCGUUGAUUCCAUGGUCUACAAGCUCUUCCGCCAACCCCAGGACUACGACGUCAUCGUUGCCCCUAACCUCUAUGGUGAUAUAUUAUCCGAUGGCGCCGCCGCUCUUGUGGGAAGUCUUGGCCUUGUCCCCAGUGCUAAUGUUGGUCAAGGCUUUGCUAUUGGGGAGCCUUGCCAUGGUAGCGCCCCCGACAUUAUGGGAAAGGGAAUCGCCAACCCCAUUGCCACGCUCAGGAGUGCUGCACUAAUGCUCGAGUUCCUCGACGAGCCAGCGGCUGCUGCCAAGAUAUACACCGCGGUAGAUUCUAAUCUCGAACAAGGCCAGCUCCUCAGUCCCGACCUUGGUGGAUCAGCCACUACUGAACAGGUUCUGAACGACAUUCUCUUCAAAUUAUAA